AGUUUAAAAAAGAAAAAAACCUUUGCAGGGUUUAGGUGUUUCUUCCACUUUGGGCAAUGGCGAAUUCCAAGAUCUUUCUUACCCACCUCCGUCGUUCUAUUCCUCUCUCCACUUAUUAUCUGCCGCAUGUCACUCAUCUCCCUUUGUGCCCUGCAUCUCGAUCACACCCUAACCUCCCGGCGCGCGUCUCCCCAAUCCCCUACCCCGCCACUCGGUCCUUUUUCACUUCGUCCAACAAUGUUGAAGAAUCUAUCCUUCCGGUUCGUGCAAUCGUAUCAUUGCUUGAUGGUUACCAUAAUCUCACUGGCUUCCCUUGGUGGAUAACUAUUGUAACUUCCACCAUGGCUAUGAGAUUUGCAUUGUUUCCCGUAGUAGUUAUUCAUCUUCAAAAGCUGAAAAAGAUUGGAGAGUUAGCUCCUAAAUUGCCUUCUCCAUUGCCACCACCUAUGUCAGGAAGAAGUUAUAAAGACCAUUUUAUACAUUUUGAGAAGGAAAGAAAGGCAAAUGGAUGCCCCUCAUAUUUUUGGUUCUUUGCUUCCUUCUUAACUCAGGUCCCAUGCCUUUUCUUGUGGGUGACUAGCAUUCGCCGAAUGUCAUUGGAUAAUUAUCCUGGGUUUGAUAGUGGUGGUGCAUUAUGGUUCAAGAAUUUAACUGAACUUCCUCACGAUGUUUCGGGCUUUAUCUUUCCAUUCUUGAUUGCUGGUUUGCACUAUCUCAAUGUUCAGAUUUCUUUUGCUACAUCUUCAGUUGGGAAAGUUGAUUCAUUCUUGACAAAAGUUUUCAAGUUUUAUUUGGAUAUUCUAACAUUACCUCUUUUUGGUGUCAGUUUGUUGAUUCCUCAGGGAAGUCUAGUCUACUGGGUUACCAAUAGUUCAUUUAGUGUUAUUCAGCAAUUAAUCCUCAAACACUCUGCUGUUCGUGCAAUUCUUGGCUUACCUGAUAAGGAUGCUCCCACAGCACGAUCACCAUCUGUGGAGCCGACCUCUAUGCAACCUACAAUUCCUGUUCAAAAUUUGAGUCCUAAAGAAUUGCUUGCACUUUCAGUCAAACACUUGUCACGAGAGGAAAAGGAUCAAGCAGUUUUGUUGCUAAAAUUAGCACUUGAAAGAGAUCCUGAAUAUGUAAAGGCUAUGGUUGUGAUGGGGCAGACUCUAAUGCAGAAAGGGCUGAUGGAGGACGCAAUUGAAUAUUUAGAGCGUGCCAUUUCAAAGCUGUCUCUUGCUGGCCAUCCAACAGAGGUUGAAAAUGUUGAUCUUUUAAUUCUAUCGUCUCAAUGGGCCGGUGUUGUCUAUAUGAAACAGGGGAAGAAGGCAGAAGGGCUUGCACACCUGGAAACAAUUGCAAGUUUGAAAGAGCCAGAAGAUCCAAAGAGCAAAGCUCAUUACUUCGAUGGAUUGUUGUUGCUUGCCAGUGCAUUAUUUGACUUUGGGCGCAAGGCUGAAGCUUUAAAGUUUUUGAAGUUGGUUGUUGCUUAUAAUCCUAAGUAUAACUAUCUACUCGAAGAAUUAAAGAACGAAGAAUAUGAUUUUGCGAGUAAUCUUGCAAGCAGUAGGAGACGAGAUUACUAAUUUGCCUGCAUAAUUAUUUCCUUGCUUGAGUUAUGAAUGUUAGGCAGCUAGGCAAUAACAGCUAGCCUUUUAGGGACUCCAUAAUUUCUGUUUUCAAAUGAUCUCCAAAACUUUGGAUUUGGAAUAAAAUUUUAUUACAUUUAUGAUUUUAUCA